AUGGAUGUUGUCAUGGGAGUUAUUAUUAACUUUGCUACUAAGACUGCUGAAUUUACGGUUAAAGCUAUUGGUCGUCAAUUUGAUUACAAGGGCAACCUUACCAAGAUGACAACUGAUGUCCAACAUUUGGAGGGAAUAAAAGACAUUUUGCAACACAAUGUUGAUGAGGCCAGAAGGAACGGAGAAGAGAUUGAAAAUAUUGUCCAGAAUUGGUUGAACACAGUGGACAACACUGUUGCGGAGGCAAAUGAACUUAUUGACAGUGAAGGCCAUGCAAAAGCUCAAUGUUCUAUGAGACAUUUUCCCAAUUUGUGCACAAGGCACCAGCUAAGUAGGAAGAUGAUAAAGAUGAUGCAAACGAUUUCUGAAAUCGUAGCAGAAGGAAGUUUUGAUAAAAUUUCUUACCGCGCUGCUUCUCAAAUCACAGUUACGCCGUUCGGUAGAGGUUAUGAGGCCCUUGAAUCCAGAACAUCAAUGUUGAAUGAGAUUAUACUGGCAUUGAAGGAUCCUAGCAUCUUCAUUGUUGGGGUGUAUGGAAUGGGUGGUGUGGGGAAGACAACACUGAUGAAAGAGUUAUCUUGGAAAGCGAAGAAUGAUGGGUCAUUUGGUACUAUUGUUAUGGCUACUAUAACAAGUUUACCAAAUCUUCAAACAAUUCGAUGCCAAAUUGCUGAAGCCUUGGAUUUCAAGUUUACUAAGAAGACAGAAGACGGAAUGGCAAGAGAAUUACGUGAUAGGAUAACCAAGGAGAAGCGUAUUCUUGUUAUUUUGGAUGACAUUUGGGGGAGACUUGAUUUGACAGAACUAGGGGUUCCUUUUGGUAAUGAUCAUGAAGGAUGCAAAUUGGUGGUGACAUCCAGAGAUCUUAAUGUGUUGAUUUGUGAGAUGCGCACUCAAAAAGAAUUUAGACUUGAAGUUUUACUUGAGGAGGAUAGCUGGAAAUUGUUUGAGAAGAUGGCAGGUGAUGUUGUUCACGAAUUCAAUAUAAAACCAAUUGCGAUCCAGGUUGCCAAAUGUUGUGCUGGUUUGCCCCUUUUGAUAGUCACUACGGCAAAGGCUUUGAGGAAAAAACAAGUCUCUAAUUGGAAGGAUUCCUUAAAUGAAUUACAGAGAUUUGAUCAAGAAGGGUUGCAUAAGAAAGUUUACUCUACUCUGGAAUUGAGUUUUAAUUGUUUAGAGAGUGAAGAACUGAAGUUGCUAUUCUUAUUAAUUGGUUCCUUUGGACUGGAUUACCGCUACACUGGACCAAUUUUUAUGCAAGAAUCAGAUUCAACAGAUUAA